UUUUGCAACCACAAGAUGAAUCCUGAAGCUGCAGCACCUCGCCUGGCCUUGUCUGGCUCAUUCUCGACAAGGCCCAUUUCAGUUUUGGCAAUUCAGCUCAGGAGUUUGCGAAACAAUUCUAAAAAUGAAAACACCAGCACAAGUUUGGUGCCCGUCAGAGAAAAGAGCACUGCAGUGGCAGCAGCCAAACCAUCAGCAGCAGCCAGCAGCAAAGGGGAAUAUAUCGUGACGAAGCUGGACGACUUGGUUAGCUGGGGACGCACGACAUCUAUGUGGCCGAUGACCUUCGGCUUGGCGUGCUGCGCCGUGGAGAUGAUGCACUUCGCCGCUCCUCGCUACGAUAUGGACCGCUUCGGGGUCGUGUUCAGAGCAAGUCCUCGCCAGUCGGAUGUCAUGAUUGUAGCGGGAACUCUGACCAAUAAGAUGGCCCCAGCCCUGCGGAAGUUGCGCUAAUGGAGGAGGUUACUACCACUACUCGUACGCCGUGGUCAGAGGCUGCGACCGAAUCGUACCAGUGGAUAUUUAUGUUCCAGGUUGUCCUCCCACUGCAGAAGCUCUUCUUUAUGGGGUUUUGCAGCUGAAAAAGAAAAUCAAGCGUGAGAAGAGGAUUAAAAUCUGGUACAGGAAGUGAACGAGUAUUUACCGGUAUCUGUAUACCUGGUUUGUAAAUGUUGUAUUUUGGGUUGCAUUUGGAGCAUUGCUCCUCCUCAUUUAGAUCUGCAGGAACUUCAGUAAAGUAUCUACUGUAAUUUAUACACUUCUGGAUAUUUUUAACACAAGGCAUCAGCAGACGCUCAGAUUCAGUUUUCAUUUUAUUAUCCUGUUAACUUAACCUAUUUCUUGUCAUGUUUUAAAGCUGUUAAAUACCUCUGUAGAUCGUGUGAUUUCUCAUUUAUGACACCAAAUAUGAGUGAUAAACAAUAUCUUGAGUGUUAUUUUCAAUAAACUUCAGUUCUUGAACAUC